CACGGUGACUACGCCAUUUCCUGUCGACGCUUGCGCGACCGGGAGCGCAUCGCUUGGGCGCAACAUGCCGAAGUUUUAUUGUGAUUACUGUGAUACUUACCUCACCCAUGACUCUCCAUCUGUGAGAAAAACCCAUUGCAGUGGAAGGAAACACAAAGAGAAUGUGAAAGACUACUAUCAAAAAUGGAUGGAAGAACAAGCUCAGAGCCUGAUUGAUAAAACAACGGCUGCAUUUCAACAAGGCAAAAUCCCACCUACUCCGUUUUCUGCUCCACCUCCAGGAGGAGCUAUGAUACCACCGCCACCUAAUCUCCCUGGUCCUCCACGGCCUGGUAUGAUGCCAGCACCCCAUAUGGGUGGACCUCCAAUGAUGCCAAUGAUGGGGCCACCUCCCCCAGGAAUGAUGCCAGUUGGACCUGCUCCAGGAAUGAGACCACCCAUGGGAGGGCAUAUGCCAAUGAUGCCAGGGCCACCAAUGAUGAGACCUCCAUCCAGACCCAUGAUGGUGCCAACCAGACCAGGAAUGGCUCGUCCAGACAGAUAAAGUGAAAGUGGACCUACCAUUCCAACUUCAUUUUAUGUAUGCCCUUCUGUGACGGAGAGCCCCAGGAAUUACAUUGCCACAGACAUCAACAAACCUGUUCCUUUUUCAAUUUGCAAGUUUAAAAUGUGGGGAGGGGAGGGGGAAGAGGGGGAAUAUUGGACUAAUGCCU